AAUAAAUGUAUAAGAUGUAGAAACACGUGAAAAUCAAAAUAUUGUUUAUAAUCAUUAAAUCCCAUUUUUGGAAAGGAAAGUCUAAUUUUGUUUAGAAUCUGUUUGUAGGGUAUGAAGCUAUAACAAAAAUGAACGUUGUCAAGAUUAAAAGAAGUAAACAUUCACGCUCAAAUAGAGAAGAAUUAGAAAAUCUCGAUAAAGCGGACUUAAUAGAUCGAAUUUUACAACUGGAAGCUCACAAUUUUCAGUUGAAGCGAAUCAUUGCUAAAAAUGUAAGCAGUACUGAUCAAAAACCCAAAAAGAUUUUUUCCAAACAAAGGAAAUUCGAUUUUUCAAAGCACCACAAAAGACACAUACUCUUGAAGUUUUACUAUCUCGGUUGGGAUUACCAGGGAUUUAUGGAACAAGAAAGUACGAUUAGUACUAUCGAGUACCACCUUUUUGCAGCCCUAGUAAAAAGUUGCUGCAUAGAGAGUAGAGAAUCUUCGAAUUAUCAUAGAUGUGGUCGAACAGACAAAGGUGUCAGUGCCUUUUCUCAAGUUAUAUCAAUAGAUAUUCGCAGCCGAUUAGAUCCUGAGCAUCAAUCUGAUUUGGAUAAAGAACUCCCCUACUGCAAAAUAUUGAAUAGAAUCUUACCAAAAAAUAUUCGGUGCAUUUCUUGGUGUCCUGCACCAAACGAUCUUUCUGCGAGAUUUGACUGCAAGUGCCGAACCUACAAAUAUUUUUUUCCCAGGGGUAAUUUGAAUAUAGAAGUUAUGAAUACGGCACUUAAAUACAUGAUAGGAAGUCACGAUUUCAGAAAUAUCUGCAAGAUGGAUGUUGCUAAUGGGGUUGUUAAUUUUAUUCGGACUAUUAAAGAAGCUUUUGUACGUUGCAUUCAAGAAAAUGAGGAAAUACCGACAGGAUAUGACAUGUGUGAAUUAACAAUAACUAGUCAAGCAUUUCUCUGGCAUCAAAUUCGAUGCAUAAUGGGUGUUUUACUGUUAAUUGGUCGAGAGAAAGAAAAGCCUGAAGUUAUUCAAGAUCUCUUCGACGUAGAAAAAUGUCCUAGAAAGCCACAAUACAAUUUGGCUCAUGAAGUCCCGCUGAACUUGUUCCAUUGUGAAUAUGAAACCAAUGACUGGUUUUUCGAUAAAAUAGAACUAGAAGAAGUUGUACGGAAUUUACAAGAAGAUUGGACCUUUAACAACAUAAAAUCUACGAUGAUAAAGUCUAUGUUGAUGAAACUCCCAGAUGUAUCGAAUAUGAAUUUUCAAAGUGAAUGCCUUCUUCGGGGAGUGGAAUCGAAAACUUAUAAACCAUUAAUGGAAAGAUUGACUUGUGAAAGCCUGGAAGAGAAAAUCAAGCACUUCUCAAAGAAACAGAAAAUAGAAGUGACAAAAGCAUAGAAAUUGGACACUCGACUUUUUUAUUUUUGACAAGAUAACAGAAAAAAAUUUUUUUAAAAAGAUAAAAUUUAUAUUCUGUAAUAUAAAAAUGUACAAAAUUUAUUUAUAAUUCAAUA